AAGGAGGAGGAGGAACAGGAAGAAGAGGAGGAGGAGGAGGAAGGAGCAUCAGCAGCAGGACAAACAGACACACAAACGGACCAUCGGCGGAUCACGGAGCCUCCGCCCGCCCGCCUCUGAGCCGCCAGAAGCAGGAGGACCGGCGCGGACCCGUAGCGAUGGCCGCCGAAGACAGCCGAUCCACGGCCUGCACCGGCUCCAGCCUCCUGCAGCCGGUCAGCGAGAUCACCAACCUGCCGCUGGACCAGGUAAACUUUGUGGCGUGUCAGCUCUGCGCCUUGCUGUCGGCCUUCUGGUUCCGUCUCUUCCUCCAUCCCAGUAGAACCAGUCCCGUCAUCAGACACCUGGUGGCCACCUUACUGGGACUCUACUUCGCUCUCUUCUGCUUCGGCUGGUACGCUCUUCACUUCCUGCUUCAAAGCGGACUCACCUACGGCAUCAUGAUCAUCACUGGAGUGGAGCACAUGCACAAGUACUGCCUCUUGGUGGCCCUCAGCUAUCUGAGUCUGUGUCAGAUCACCCGGGUCUACGUCUUCGACUACGGCAUGUACUCUGCCGACUUCACAGGACCAAUGAUGGUGAUCACGCAGAAGAUAACCAGCCUGGCCUUUGAGAUCCAUGACGGGAUGGCACGCAAAGAGGAAAGCCUGACUCCAGGACAGAAGAUGUUGGCGAUAAGGAGGAUGCCCAGUCUGCUGGAGUACUUCAGCUACAACUGCAACUUCAUGGGGAUCCUCGCGGGACCCACCAGCUCCUACAACGACUACAUUGCCUUUAUCGAAGGGGAUCCCUGUCGCCAUAGAAACCAGGGGGGCGAUAGGAAGUCCAGCGGCAGGCUGAGGAAGAGUGAGCCCUCCCCAAACACAGAGGUGGUGCGUAAGGUGGCCUCCUCCUUUUUCUGCCUGCUCGUCUUCCUGUCGGUGUGUAAAGUUUUCCCGGUGGAGCAGAACAUAGACGACGACUUUAUCGCCAACACGCCGUUCUACGCCCAGGUGGUGUACCUGUACCUGUCCAUGCUGACCACCAGGCCCAAGUACUACUUUGUAUGGACGCUGGCUGACGCCAUCAACAACGCUGCCGGCUUCGGCUUCAACGGCUACGACAGCGACGGCUCUCCUCGCUGGGACCUCAUCUCCAACCUGAGGAUCCUCAACAUCGAGUUGGCCACCAGCUUCAAAGUGUUCCUGGACAACUGGAACAUCCAGACGGCUCACUGGCUCAAAAGGGUGUGUUACGAGCGAUGUCCCUACCACCCUACGGCGGCCACCUUCAUCCUGUCCGCCAUGUGGCACGGAGCUUAUCCGGGCUACUACCUCACCUUCCUCACCGGCAUCGUCAUCACGCUGGCUGCCAGAGCGGUCCGACACAACGUUCGACCACACUUCUUGAAGUCGCCCACUCUCAAGCGGGUCUAUGAUGUCAUCACGUGGGCAGCCACUCAGAUUGCCAUCUGCUACACAGUGGUGCCUUUUGUCCUUCUGUCCGUCGGCCCGUCCAUCAAGUUCUACAGGUCCUGGUAUUUUGGCCUCCACAUUGGUUGCGUACUGCUAGCCUUGGCGCUGCCGGUCAAACCGAGACAUCUCCGCCUCAAAGAGGAGCAGAAAACCCUUUUACAGGAGCGGGUCCAGCACCACCAGGAGGCUACAGACAGCAACUGCCGCCAGAAGGAAAAAGACACAUGAGACGGUGGACAAGGAACAAUCAUGUACAACAUUUUAUUUCCAUAAACUUGUAUAGAGAGAAUAGAAGGUGAACCACAUCAAACGGACCUUCCUCCUGUCCAGGUUCUGAAACAUCAAGGUCACGACCGCAAGUUUAAAAUACUGUAUCAUUUGGAUUCACAGGACGACGCCAACAAAGGUGGGCCCUGGACAUACGGAGGCCUGGGUUGUGGGACGCUUGACGUGGUAUGCAAGGACUCAAAACAGAAGAGUAUUUUUUGGGGGGCCAAGGAGCAGAUUCAGGUUAAUAAUGUGCAAUGAUGGAAGAUACGGUGUGUACAUGUGUAUACAUGUAUGUAUAUAUAUAUACAUGUAUGUAUUUAGGUACUAUCACUUCCCAGAGGGCAGCUCUCUUGCAGUGACAUGGCCGUCCUCUACGUUGACUCAGCUGAUGAAUGAAAGGACGAUUUAACGAGCACAUGAAUGAGAAGAGAACAAGCAGCCGGUUGGUGCAUUAACAAGGAAACCAAGAAGCUCCACCACAUUCCUUCCAGACCAUCUGACUCAUCGUGCUGUAAUCUAUUGAACCACAACGUCACAGUAUUCGUUGAGUUAUAGUUUGGAGAAAGUGCCAAUGAUUAUUACACUCAGUCGCCUUAGUUGUUUGGUCUUUUAAAAGAAAAAGUGCUUCUUAGCAGGAUAAGUGUUAACUUUUUGUUGGCGUGUGAGUGAUGACGAGGGGGUUGUGUUUACAUUUGUAGAUGUCACGUUUUUUGUCCAGUUGCUAUUUAUGUAAUUUAGAGACGUGUUGUGAUGUAAGAUGAUGUAAGACAAAGAAAACGUCUUACUGAAGUUUCGGACCAGAGCUUGAACCCACAAACUAAAGCUCUGUCAUGUGAAGUUAAAAUACAGGCUCACAUUAGAAGUUAAGCAGUUGUCUUCGGGUCAGCUCGUGGUUUUGGCCACACGGUACCGGUUGAAUUUUUCAGUUGCUCGCUGACGGACCUGCGACAAAAUCCGGUUGGUAGAUGUGAAGGUUUAAGGUUAAACCUCAGCUGUGUCGUCAGAUGGAACUGGUCCCGUGACGGCGCCGAGUCAGUCAGCUGAGGUAAAACUGUGGGUUCUAGAUUAGCCGGGUUUCCUUCUGGGUAUGUAGGCCUCUUAACGUGUGCAGUUGUGUUUCUCUCGUUGCCUCAUUGACUUUACAGUAUUAUAACGUUGUCCAUUUUGUAAUCGCUUUUAUCUGCUUGAAGAAAGUUUUACAAAAUAUCCUAUAAAACCUCCAUUUAUAAUAAAAAACUCCUAACUGACUGGUCUGAGGUGUCCUGUCAGCGCUUUCACAGUGUUCUGGGCUGCUGGGGGAUGUUUCUUUGUAAUGAGGUGCUUGAUUAGCAGAUCAGGCUUCUAAUUCAGCUCUGAUUAAACACCGAUGGCGUCAACACUUGGUUUAGUUGAGCAGCUCCGUGAAAACAAAUCACACCACAACAGCUCAGUGUGGCUUAACGGCAGUUUAGCUACUUUAGCAUAGUUACGUAGCCAGAUUAGCUCACACUUUUUUAGCUAAAUACAUCUGAUCAACUUUAACAGUUUGUUAUCAGGUUAUGAUUUAAUUUGACCAGCUGGAAGUUCUUCUUCCAUUGCUGAAGCAUCACGCCACGUUAGCAUGGCCAUGUAGCCCGCUAGCUUCUUCUGCUGAUCCAUCUCCUCCUCUCCUCCAUGUUGGCUUUUUAAUUAGUGUCACGUGGACGAGAGAACAAAAGGCUUUUUGGUUCCACAAUAUUUUUCACCACCAACUUGUUCAUUGUUACUUGUCACUUUUGGCAGAUUUAAGAAAGCAGGUUUAUUAAUGUUCCCGUCAUGUUUGUUUCCCUCAUUUUAGAACAAACGAUGACGACGUUCACAAAGACAAAUGGUCUCACGUGUCCGUAGGUUUAUAUGGAAAACAUGUUUGUUUGUUUUUUGUAAACCAUGUGAUUAAACCUUGGAUUUUUUUGACAUCUAC